AUGCCACUGCCAACCCCCUUUACCGCCCCACCAUCGCCCGAAACUGAUGUCCUCUCGUUGUUCUUCGACAAGGCCGCUACCAAUUAUGAAGAAUCGCGCAUCGUCUUUUGGGACAACGAUCCAAACAGUAAGCCUCUGACGUACGGGGCAACGCGAGAGUCCUUCAAAAGGUUUGGUCAUGCGCUCAAGCACAAGGUGGGUGUGCAGCCUGGCGACCGUGUUGGAUUGAUGUCCCUGAACGGUGUCCAUUAUCCAGUCAUGUUGUUUGGCAUCAUGUGUGCAGGCGGCCAAGCUGUCCCAAUCAAUCCGCAAUCGCUUGUUCAGGAUAUCCUCAAGUACAUUCAAAUCUCUGGACUCAAGGUCAUCAUUGUCGAUGCACAAUUUUACCACGCUGUCAGGGGCGUCUUGCAGCAUCAUCCAGAUCUAACGGUCAUUGUUCGUGGAGACAUGCCCACACCCACGGACAAAUCUCAUUAUUCUUGGACGGCGCUGCUUGAUGGACCGGAACUUGAGUGGCCGCGAGGUUCCCACGUCAACGAAUCCCUUGCCCUCAUUUGCUUCUCGAGCGGCACCAGCGGCUUACCCAAGGCUGUGAUGCUGACGCACCAAAAUGUGGUUGCCCAAACACACAAGUACCACUAUGCAGCUCAUCACAAGCGCCACAUGCAAGACGUCAACAGGCGGAUCACUGUGUUGGGUGCUUUUCCCUCGUUUCAUGCCGCUGGUCUGUUUGGAUCAAUCUUUGACCCUCUUUACAAUGGCUUUACGUCAGUCAUCCUCCAGCAAUUCAGCCUCCCAGCGUACCUUGACUUGUUGGAAAAGUUUCGCCCAGAUCAGAUUAUGGUGGCUCCUCCUAUCGUUCUGCUUUUGGCUAGGCACCCUUUGGUUGAGGGACGGAACUUUAGCUACCUUGAGCACAUCAUUGUGGGUGCCGCCCCGUGUGGCCAAGACUUGGCAGAUGCCUGCGUCAAGCGAAUCAAUCCCAAGAUUCGAAUUCAACAGAUGUGGGGCAUGUCUGAGCUUGUGUGCUUGGGAAGUGCUGCUAGUUUCGGAGGAAACUUUGGCAUUCCUGCUCCUGGCCAGCCUGGUGGCGAUUGCGGCUAUCCCCUGCCUGGCAUGGAGCUCAAAAUUGUCAACCUGGAAACCGACGAAGAGAUUGUACCUGCGACUGUAGUGGAUCUCAGGAACGAGACACAACGAGGCGAGCUUCUUGUAAAGGGAGACAAUGUAUUUUCCGGGUAUCUGGGUAUGAGUGAGGAGGAGAAUGCAAAGUUCUUUACCGCGGAUGGCUUUUAUCGAACAGGAGAUGUCGCUGUUGCCGCCAAAGACGGCCGCCUGUGGAUUGUUGACCGCAUCAAGGAGCUCAUCAAGAGUUCAGGCUUCCAAGUGGCUCCUGCCGAAAUCGAGGGCAUCUUGCUUUCACAUCCAGAGAUUGUUGACUGUGCAGUAGUUGGAGUGCCUGACUUGCAGAAGGAAGGCACGACGGAGAACGUUCGCGCAUACAUUGUGCUGAAAGCAGACGGCACACUCAAGACGAUGGAUGAACAGACUGCAAAGGCUGCAAUCGAAGCUUGGUACGAGCCGCAGGUACUGGGCUACAAGCGUCUGAGGGGCGGAAUUCGCUUUGUAGACCAGGUGCCAAAGUCUCCAGCUGGCAAGAUUUUGCGCCGUCUGUUGCGAGACGAGAUUGCGGCUGAGUCGGCAGCUGAGCAGAGCAAGUUGUGA